AUGGAUGUGACUGAGUCUUGCAUUACUGAUGAGAUCCAACUGGCCCGCAAAGCCAGCCGAUCCCCCGAAGGCUGGGCCAAAUGUCUUCUCGGCGCGUGCUACUCUCUGUACUUCCUGUCGCUGCCGUGCCGCAUCAUGCUGAACCGGGGAAAGGAGCAUGCGACGCUCAGGGAAGCCUUCGAGCUCCUCGAACGAGCCACCAAGUUGAGGGUACCUUGCGAUGAGGUUUGCUACCGCGUCAUGAUGCAGCUAUGCGGUGUCCACUCGCUGCCGGUGCUGGCGGUGAGGCUUCUGUUCCUCAUGAAACGAGCGGGUUUGCAGCCUAACGCUCUCACUUAUGGCUAUUACAACCGAUGUGUGCUGGAAGCUAAUUGGUGUCAGGACAUGCCCAGCGGCUCACAAUUGUUGUGGAACAAACUUCGGAUAGCUGUGAUGGGAGCAGCUCUGUUCCGGAAAGCGGGCGCGGUCAGGGCGAGCCGCGCGGCGGGCGCUAACUUGCAGGCCACGUCAUAUGGUAGUAAGUUACCCUUCAGCGAGGUUGGUGUUGUCGCAGGCAGCGGCGCCCUGCGGGCGGCGGGCGAGGCGGAGGCGGGGGCGGGGGCGGGGGCGGACGGCAGCCUGGAGCCGGGCGAGGACGCCGCGGCCAAGUGCAGCGCCUUCGAGGCGCUGUGCCGCCAGGACAACAUCAUCCGCACCAGCGCCAGCCGGCCGCACGCGCACGCCAUGUCCGCGGCCGCGGGCAUCCUCAUCUCGGGCCUGCCGUCCAACCCGGACCUCAGCGAGGCCACGCGGCCGCGGAGCAGCUCGCUGGAGGGCGAGGGCCGCGGCGCGCCCUUGGCCGUCGCGGAGAAGAGACAGGCGAUGGCGGUGGGCGAGGGCCCGCUGGGCGGCGAGCGGCGCCUGCUGUCGCGCUCCGAGAGCUUCGCCGGCGACGCGCAGAUCCUGCACAGCCUGCACGGCCAGCACGGCCUGCACCGGCUCUCCUGCUCCGCCGGCACUCCAACCUCGAAGUCGAGGUGUUCAAGGACGCUCAGUUUUCCCGAGGAGUAUGAGAAAGAGACAUCUGGUGGAACUUUAUCGGAAGACGUCAAAUCUUCCCCACUCAAGUUGUCUCCUCGUACACCGGUCCUUUCGGACGACCCUCUGGGCGCCCUCAGCGAGCCUCCUCCUUCGGAGCCACCCCCUCCCCCUCCGCCCCCGGAAGACGAACCGAUCCUCCCCAAGCACGAGCUGAGCGUCAGUCCCAAGCUGUUCCACCGAAGAUCCAACUCCUUCCAAGACGACCCCGCCGAGGACCACCAAGGGAAACUGCAUAGGAGUGAGACGGCGCCGGGAGGGACGGUCGCUUCCAGUUUGGCUAGCUUGGGAGGACUCUUCGGACGCUAUUCGCCCGCCCGACUGUCAUUGCGCAAGGAAAACAUGAAACUGGGCAAAGCCAUGAUCGAGAGCUACUUCAGUCCGCGAAGUAUAGCAGGCAAGAAGUCGAACGAACUGCUCCAGAGCGGUUUGAACAGCCUCAAGUCGUUCUCAACGGGCGUGGUGAAGAAGCUGGACGAGAUGAAGGAAGUGAUAUCGGCGAAUUCGACGCCAGUGAAGGGGGCGGUCGCGAACGCCACCAGCGCGCUGAGCAGCUUGAUCGCGGAGGAAGACUCCACGGACGGGUCCUCGGAAAUGAAUCCCGACGAGGGCGCGGGCGCGGGCGGCUUCCGGCGCGCGUCCAGCGACGCCGAGCUGGCGUGCUCGCUGGAGCGCGGCUCGCUGGCCACGCUGGCGGCGCACCUGCCCGACCACCUGUACCCGCCGCUAGCGGAGCCCAGCAAGGACGUGAAGGUGUCGGUGGAGGUGCAGCUGUCGUCGUGCUCGCAGUGCCACCAGUGCCUGGCGCUGCUGUACGACGAGGACAUCAUGGCGGACUGGGCCGCCGACGACUCCAACCUCAACACGCGCUGCAAGGCCUGCGGCCGGCUCACUGUACCGCUGCUCUCAGUGCUGGUAAAGCGAGAAGAUAAAAAUCCUGAAACGAUAAGCGUGCCUUAUUUAAAUCCUUUAGUGCUAAGAAAAGAAUUCGAAUCUAUUUUAGGCAGAGAAGGCGAUGCGUGUCUAGCCGAGCCACAGUUCGUCGAGUCCCAUCCAAUAGUAUAUUGGAACUUAAUAUGGUUCUUGGAUCGCGCUAAUAUUGACAGCCACUUACCGGAGUUGUUGUGUCCCGAUUACCAAUCUAAGUACGGUAGUACUGACGCUCUGGUGGAGACGGAGAAGUCGGCGUGUCGCGUGCUGUGCGCCUGGGACCUGCCGCGGCUGCACGCCGACGCGGGCGUGGCGCUGUACGCGGCGUGGCGCCGGCGCCGGCGCGCCACGCGGCGCUCGCGCGCGCUGCAGGCGCUGCUGCUCACCGAGCACCUGCAGGCGGCGCACUCGGCGACGCUGGCCGUGCUGGAGGGGCUGCUGGCCAACGACCUCUCGGACGCGCUGCGCCGGCUGGCCGCCUGGCGCGAGAGCACCGCGGGCCACAACAAGUACCACUCCCUGUACCGGGACGUGCUGUUCCUGGCCAUGGCCGCCCUCGGCGAGAACGCCGUGGACCUCAUCGCCCUGCAGCGCGAGUACUCGCGCGCGCUGGACCAGCUGGGCGAGGCCCGGCCGCAGGACCUGCCGCCGUCGCCCACGGCCGUGUGCUGCCGGCACUACUUCAAGCGGCUGCGCCUCACGGCCGACGAAUGACCUCCGGCCCUGUGGCCGCGGGGCGGGUAGGCCGCGCCUCGCCGGCCGCGCGGGCCCUUUCGACGAUCGGCUGAAAGAAGAGCUAAGGAAUUGACGCUCCGCUUAGACGGCGAUAUUGUACAAAGCAACGCGUCGAUCGAUUUGUGCAAGAAUGCAAUUAUAAACCUCUUAUUGUACUAACGAUCGGUUGACCCGUGUCAUACUUUCGACUGCUACGUGUACGUUUACUUUGUUAACUUACAUCCUAUCGUAGUUACACACAAUACCGUCCAUUUUUUGAGUUCAUAUUUAGGGUUUAUACUUCACGAUAAAACUCGCACUGCGACCAGAAGCCGUAAUCAAUGAAUCAUUCGCUGAACUCGAAAUAACACGUACUAAAUCAACCGUGUAGUUCUAAAGCCGAAUCAAACACUGGUCCACAAAUUCCCGUAGCCAGUGCCUGAAACGAACUUUCGAUUUGAAAGCAAAUCAGAGAGUCCGAUUAUGACUUUAAUGGCGAUUAUGGCUAUGUGGGAGAAAGUUUACUUGAGAAGUCGACGAUUCAAAUCCCUGUAGCAGCAUGUAUAAUUUUAAUUCCUAGGUUACGUACAUUUCUGAACGCUUAAUAGCAAACAUGUACCAAUAACGCAAGAGGGACUACUAAUCUUUUUACUGCAGAUCGUAGAUCUGAAAAAAGUCCAAAUUCCGUCUCACAUCUAGAUGGCACUGAUCAAUAACCUAGAAGUAGGUUAUAUUAUGGAAAUGGCCGUAAAUAUCAAUUAAUUCCUCUUUAAUAUGAAAUAUGUUUAAAUUCUGUUUUUUCCUUAUAAUAUUAUUCAAAUAUUCAUCAUGAGCUAAAAUCAUUUUUUGAACUUUAACAAACAUGCCUGUCAAUAAAUGGCAGUGUUUGUUACAAAAUAAUUUAUAAAUUAACGCUUUCUAAUAUGUGCAGAUGGUGCUAAUCCUAAACAAAUUAAAAUAAUAGACGACCCUAUCCAUAAAAAUCCAUGCAAUAAGCGCCAUCUAGUUGAUUUGUUUGUUAUCACUGGAAGUUAGAGUAACUUCGAUAAAUUGCAGUUCAUCAAUAAAAACUAGCUAUUUGGUACUCGUCGCGACAUCUAAUUUACCAAUAAGUACUAAAUACCCGAUUAAGCUGUCUUGCAUCGCAAUUAGCAGUCCUAUUGAGUUAUUGAUCAAUAAUAGCAAUAAUCUUCGCUAACCAUGACGUAAAUCGUCGUGAUGAAAUCUGUACAACGAAAGAGGUUCACAAUCAUUAUAUGUCUCCAACCCGCACUAGGCCAGGAUGGUGGACUAUGACCUACAUCCUCUCCAUAGAGGAAACGUGCCCUGCAAUAAAACGUAUAUAAUGGCUGACCAUGGUGUAUAUAAAGACAAUACAAAGAAUUCACACAAGUUUCUUUUAUAAUAGCGACUUGUAGAAACAAUACUACUGUACAUUAUGCAAUUUGUAAUAGUGGCCUAAAUAAAAUUUUGCCCCAAAACGUCUUGUUACUCGUACUUUGUUAAUCACAAAUUCAUGUUUCAUUUGUAUCACUGCAUAUCUAUUAGUUUAGUAGCGCGGGUGCUAAAUAUUUUCAAAUUGUUUAAACUAUCUAUAGGUUUUUGCUUUCCUAUUGCGGUUAUUGGAGGCUUUAAAGCUUUAUUUCUCCCUUUUAUGCAUUGUUUGGGGGACAAGAAUAGGUUGGGCUUGUCCCUGAGCCGCUCACAUUCGUGUGUUAAAUACUGCCGUUAAGAACACUUAAAUUUCUACAUUAUCUCCUUAGACUUCUUGACCUAGUCUGCCACCAUAACGACACCAUCCGUGACGCUCGCCUCAUAAUGUACCUGCAAUAAUAAAGUGUAAUUCGAAAUUGUGGCUUCGAGUCAGUCAAUAUGUUUUAAUUUAAUAAGGAAGCAAAUUACACUUGAAUACGUGUAAUUUGCUUAUUCGUACAGAAUUACGUACUCUACUACUAUAAAAUAUACGAAGAACCUGAAACUUAAUAUAAAGUCACGUUUUUCACAAUAUUUUUACACUUUUUAAUAGCGAAUAAUGUCAAUAAGGAUCUUAUUAUAGAAGCACUAUUAUUCCUUAUAAGAAUUUGUGAAGACGACUGUCUAGAACAGGCGGUGUAGUUUUUGUGUUAAUAAUAUAUUAAUUAUUAAUUUUCAUAAAAGGACUACUAAUUUUAACAUAAUUGUCCUGUGACGCUAGAGCAAGAAUGUAUUCCCACUUGAACAGAUUGUCUUUGUUCCAGCCUACCUACUUGAUUAACUCAUUGUCAAUAUCCCCUUAGUAAAUUAUUAUGAUCAUAUUAUAAAAUAUGUAAUGAAAUAAAGCAGAUUUAUUAGAUGCGAGCUUGCACGUGAGUGACGCAAAUGCAAGGCAUUAGGCACUGUAUUUUAAUUGAAAAUUUAAUACCUACAUACAUGUUUUUUAUCAAAACGGUUAAAAACGAACUGAUUAUGUGAGCUUGAUUGGAAAGUCAAAAACUGUAUAUAGAAAGUUUAAUGACAAAUCACGAGUGUACAUAGUAAUGUUGUAUAGGGUAGAUUAGACGCCGACAGGCAAGUUACGCAGACAUCGUGUGAUUGCAGCAACAGUUAAAUUCGUAAACGAAUUUUAGUAAUAGAAAUUUUGCAUUGAAUGUGUUCACAACGUCACAUUAUUUACUUGUUUUUCUGCAAUUUUUGCGGUUAUGUGCAACGGAAGGAUGUGUCAUUGUUAUCUAUUAAAUUUCAAGGCUGGCUUGUUGUGGAAUUAUAAAGACAUUCUUUAUGACGCAAUGAUCUAAAUGCAAAUAUGAAAGGUUCACUGAAGGAAGUUGUACAGGUAAGUAGCUUUAAAUUUGUUUAUUUGCUAUAAUACACGAUAUAACAGAAAAUGUAACAAAAUGCAGUGCCAAUACAAUCAUAUAAAUAUUAGUUAUAAAAUGUUAAUUAUCUACUACAAUAAGAAGAACCUGACAAGCUGCAGAAUAUAUCAAGAAUGUAUAUUCGUCUUGAGACCUUUGCUCUACCGACACUUUAGAGGCUUCUUGAAAAAAAUACUCUACUGCUAAUGGUGUUAAACAACAAAAUCAGUCUUAGUUAAAAUUUAGAGUUGAAAGUACAAAAAAUCUGUUUCUUAUUAGUGUACCGUUUCUUUUAUUUAAUGUAUGUUAUAAUAAUAAAACAACGAAAUCAGCCUUUUAAUUUAAAAGAUAUUAUUUACCGCACAGUAUAAAUCGGUAAAAAAAAUGAAAAUAAUGUGACUGCCAAAAUUUGAAAGUAUUUUGAUAAAUGUGUCAAUACAAAUGUAUGUACUAAUAUGAUUAAAUCAUAAUAUUGUGUAUUCAUUGUAGUAAGUAAUAAAUAUAUUAUGUAAUGAUUAUUCUUAGUAACAAUUGAAAUUGCAAUAAAUUUUAAUUAUAUAACAUGUUUUGUCUCGAAGAAAAGUUAAAUAAGUAGCCCGACGUGUUGAGCGCUAUGGACCAGGUAAAAAAUAAUGUUUUCAAAUCUGGCUUAAGCAGAAAAUUACAAUACUCAUUCGUUACUAACUUGUUCCUUUGGCAAAAGUGCAUUGCGAUUACUAUACAUAAUUAAUGCACAUUUUCGCAAGUGUACGUGUGAGGGAUUCUGAUCAUCUGAUACAAAAUAUAAACAAAACGCAUCGUUAUAAAAAUACUCUAGAAAAUCUGUAAAGUUUCAGCAAUGAUUGCGGGUUCUAGAUAAGUGUAAAAAAAGUGAUAUACGUAAUUUUUUUUAUUUAAAAAAAAUAUGAAAUUACCCCAAUCGCCUUUAUUCCAGUCGGCUGUACGAAGUUGUCGGGAUCUUUGUUUAUUAUUGUAUCCGAUAGAAUUAGAGGAAAUGCGUUGUAGAAAUAGUGACAAUACUUUUAUUUUCAUAGGUAGCUAUUUUUAGUUGCAUCAAGUGAUCACACGUAAGCCAUAUUUUUGUUCCAUGCAAUUGUACAAUGGUGAUAAUCACAGAUGGUAUUUUUGUAAUAACCUAUAGAUACCGCAUUAUUUAUUAGAAUAAGGAGUUGAGAUCAAAUAAAUAAUUUGGUUAUUUUUAUUGCUUAUUUCAAAAGACAUGGAUAUUUUAUAGGUAGGCUACCCGUGUUAUUGAGUUCAAUUUAAUUGUUAGUUAUUCUCAAAGACAG